AUGGUCGUUGGAAAAAUUUUUGAGGCAGCGAAAUGGACUGCCGAAACCGUCAAGGGAGCAGCUAUCGUGGUUGCCUCGCCAAAUGCUCCAAUCCCGGCCACUGACCUCCACCCACGCAUGCCAGCCCGGCCAUGGACCGCUCAAGAAUAUUUGAGAAUGUGGUCCUGGCGCCAUUGCUGGAAGUAUCUUCCAGUCUUCCGUUUCUACAUCUACUCAGGAGUCAUCCUCUACGGAGUUUACAAGUUUGUUCUGCCGAUCAAGCCACGUCACAUGGUUCAAUACACUAAAGGAAAGGAGGACCACCAUCACCACGAGGUCGAGCACUGGUGGGGAAUCCGCCAAAAGUUGGCUGACAAGGAGUAUUUCAAGAAGUACAACCCACUCAAGAAGGAGGGUGAGGUCGAAGUUGGACACCACUAA